AUGGAAAUAGUUCAACCAGUUUGGCUGCCGCCAUCUUGUAACGAGAGGGGGUUUAAACCCGGGGGAAAACAGGAAAAGACACAGAAAUAAUCUAGACAUAAUUCCAUCGUUUGUAGAUGAUUAAAGUAGAAGUACAAGUACUUGAUCAAUUAAAUGUAUAAUAGUGGUGAGAGAUAUCCGCAAGGUAAGAGGAUCGGAGGAGUCUUCCGCAGCUGAAGUUUUUUUGUUUUGUUUAUGUUAUUCAAUCCGGACAUGGACUCUUCUGAUCUAGAUAUGCCAGAUGCCAUGGGAAUGGAGGGAGGUGGGACGUCGGCAAAUGCUGGAGCUGUUGUACCGAAAGGAACCAACAAACGACGGGCAGUGCCAGACUUUGACGAUGACGACGACGACGGGAGUAAGCUGUUUAGGUGUGAUGAUGACACAGGGGGUUCUAAUGACAAGGAGCGCUUUGCCAGGGAGAACCACAGUGAGAUUGAGAGGCGACGGAGGAACAAGAUGACGGCUUACAUCACAGAGCUGUCCGACAUGGUGCCCACCUGCAGCGCGUUGGCACGGAAACCGGACAAGCUGACCAUCCUGCGCAUGGCCGUGUCUCACAUGAACUCUCUGCGGGGGAGCGGCAACACCAACGCAGACGGGACGUACAAGCCCUCCUUCCUCACCGACCAGGAGCUGAAGCACCUGAUCCUGGAAGCAGCUGACGGCUUCCUGUUUGUGGUGUCAUGUGACAGCGGGCGGGUGGUGUACGUGUCGGACUCGGUCACCCCAGUUCUCAACCAGUCCCAGUCUGACUGGCUGGGCUCCUCCCUGUACGACCAGCUGCACCCGGAUGACAAGGACAAGCUCCGGGAGCAGCUGUCCACGUCAGACACCAACAACACAGGGAGGAUGCUGGACCUGAAGACAGGAACGAUAAAGAAGGAGGGGCAGCAGUCCUCUGUCAAGAUGUGUGCUGGAGCCCGCCGUUCAUUCAUCUGCAGAAUGAGGUGCGGCUCGUGUCCUGUGGAGCCCAUGAGCAUGAACAGACUGGGCAUCCUCCGAAACAGGAACAGGAACGGUCUGGGCCCUGCCAAGGAGGGGGAGUCCCAGUAUGUCGUCGUCCACUGCACCGGCUACAUCCGCUCCUGGCCCCCUGCAGGAGUGAAUCUAACAGAUGAGGAGGCAGACACCAACCAGGGUAGUCGCUACUGCCUGGUUGCCAUCGGGAGACUGCAGGUGACCUGUUGCCCGGGCGACUCCGACAUGAACAGCGUCAGCGUUCCGGUGGAGUUCAUCUCGCGCCACAACUGCCAGGGCAUCUUCACCUUCAUAGACCACCGCUGUGUGGCCACCGUGGGCUACCAGCCCCAGGACCUGCUGGGGAAGAGUAUUCUGGAUCUGGCCCAUCAUGAGGAUCAGAGCUUACUGAGAGACAGCUUCCAGCAGGUGGUGAAGCUGAAAGGUCAGGUUCUGUCUGUGAUGUUCCGCUUCCGCUCCAAGUCCCAGGAGUGGAUCUGGAUGAGAACCAGCUCCUUCACCUUCCAGAACCCCUUCUCAGAGGAGAUCGAGUACAUCAUCUGCACCAACGCCAACGUCAAAACCUCAUCUCAGGACCCCCUCACCCCUCUCUCCUCCCCAGGGGGGCCCCUGGCCUCCUCCCUGGGGCAGAGCAGCCCUAACUGCCCCCCCCUGGCUCUCAGCCCGGGGCAGGUAGCAGCAAGGCAGCUUCAGCAGCAGCAGGCGGAGCUGGAGGGCGGAGGAGGAUAUGAGGCAGGCCAGGUCACCCUCCCACAGUUGGCUGUACAGGCGGUGACAGCAGCAGGCCCAGAGCACAGUAAGGCCCUGGGGAAGCCUGAGAUCUACCCCUCCAUGUACCCCAGCCCGGAACAGGCCAAGGGGCUGCCCCCACCCUCCAUGUACCCCAGCCCGGAACAGGCCAAGGGGCUGCCCCCACCCUCCAUGUACCCCAGCCCGGAACAGGCCAAGGGGCUGCCCCCACCCUCCUCAGCGGGGCAGAUCUUCCCUCAGGUGAACGGGUACACCUCAGCACGCCCCAGCGACACCUACAGACCUGUGGGUCUGGCUGCUCAGAUAGCUCCUCCUGCCCACUCAGCUGGUCAGAUACUGGCUCAAAUGUCUCGGCAAAACACCGGCCCCUCCUCCUGCCCCCCGGGUGGCCCCCCCAGCACCAGCAGCCCCCUCCAGGCCGGCCUCCAGGGGGGGGUAUGGCCUGACACAGGAGGUGUGUCUGGGGUUAGGUUGCCGUUCAACAACCAGCAGGGGGUGCCACAGGCAGGGAAGACGCUGUCCCCUCAGUUCCCAAUGGGAGGCUUCGGAGGCUCCUCCUCCUCGUUUGUCCAGAUGCCCACGGGCGAGUCCCCCACCCCCCCCAGCGGAUCCAGCUACGCGCCCGUCAACGCCCGGGGUAGCCUCAACGGCUACGAUGGAGCUCAGUCUGGUGCGCAGUUUCCCUCCAGGGCAGCAGAGGCAGUGUGGCCCCAGUGGCAGGGUCGGCAGCACUCCCAGAGCAACGUGGAGCAGCAUCCUCACGCCCAGAACAACCAGUCAGACAUGUUCCCUGAUGUGCUGUCUAUGCUUGAUCAGUCUGCUAACUUCAACAACGAGGAUUUUGAAAUCCCCAUCUAUCCUCCUUUCAACGAGUGAUCCUGCCAACAACUUUUCAAACCUACAUACCUCUGUCUCUGUCUGUCUCUUUUUCACGCUUAGCUUUUUGGCUUAAGCUCCUUAUAUGAACUCUACCUGCCCCCUGUAGUAGCACUCACCCCUCUGUCUACAAGUUGCUAGGCUGCACUGUCUACAAGUUGCUAGGCUGCACUGUCUACAAGUUGCUAGGCUGCACUGUCUGCAAGUUGCUAGGCUGCACUGUCUGCAAGUUGCUAGGCUGCACUGUCUGCAAGUUGCUAAGCUGUACUGUCUGCAAGUUGCUAGGCUGCACUGUCUACAAGUUGCUAGGCUGCACUGUCUACAAGUUGCUAGGCUGCACUGUCUGCAAGUUGCUAGGCUGCACUGUCUGUGAGUCAGGGACAGCUGGAGGGCUUGGUAAGCUGGUGUCUGUCGGUGGAGGAGUGGACGGCGACAGGCUCAGUGACGUGAACAGGAAGCCCACAGCAGACACUGCAGAUGAACUUUUUUUCCGUAAGAUUCGGCGACACACAAGCGGCCAGACACUAAGGCAAUGCCAGGAACACUCACAUCCAGGAAGGUGUAAACCUUGAUGCACACGCACAGCCUUGCAGUGAUGAAAGUCUCUGAUCUCCCUCCCUCUGCCCAGCCCUGGGUUUUCUAAGGCAGGGUUUAGAGCUUUCCACUCCAUGUCCCCUCCCAGCCAUGUAGAUAUCUCCCUGCCCUCUACUCAGGCAACAUGGGGGCAGGUGACCUGGGGCAGGUGACCUGGGGGCAGGUGACCUGGGGGUGUCACACACCCAGCACCCAGGCCCCUACACCCAGGCCCCUACACCCAGCACUCUACACCCAGCACUCUACACCCAGGCCCCUACACCCAGCACUCUACACUCUACCCGGCUCCUUCCUUCUUCACCCACGCUGAUUGUCUUCCUACAGGGGCGACAGAGAUUGGGUUAUUAUUAUGAUAGAGUGUGUGUGUGUAUACACACUAUCUCAUGUCAGUGUUAAUAAGCUGUGUAUGUCAAAUGGAUUAAGGGUCGUAUACGAUAUGUAUUUCAUGCUAAAUGCACAACAAUCAGUUGCUAACCCCGUUAGCUGUGGUUCCUUCCUUCCUCCAGCCCAGGAUGCCACGGCUCCCUCUUCUCUGUCACAUUGCCUACUGUGCACGGCUCCCUCUUCUCUGUCACAUUGCCUACUGUGCACGGCUCCCUCUUCUCUGUCACAUUGCCUACUGUGGGAUUGGUUUCUACUUGAGUCAAAAGAUUAGGAAAGAAAUUAGGGGUUGUUUUCUAAAUUGAAAUUGAGAAAAAAAUCGUAAAAGCAAUAAUUAACAAGCAGGAAUUACAAACUUUAAAAAGCCAUUCUUUAUUGUCCAUCUAAAUGUUUAUCUGGAUUAUUUUCGUUUUUACAUGGAAAGACACUGUAGUUAUGAUUGAAUAGUUGAUUAAUUGUUUGAUAUAAAUGUUCCCAUGUUUUUUUAAUUAUCUUAAUUGGCUCCUCCCAUUUUAGCUCUCUUACAUGUUUUUGAUGGUUGGUAUUAUCUGCACUGUUUUAGUAUAGUUUUUAUCAGGGAUUUUAUUCAUAAUUGAACUAUAACACACAUGAAAAUAUCUACAUGACAAAGUGAAGCUCAUUCCACCCACUAUUGAUUUAGAAAAACAUCCAAUGUUGCCCUGUCAAGAUUGAUGCCCUAAUAAUUGGACUUGGAAAAAUCAGUUGCAUUAUUCUUUGGUUCUGUCGCCUGGCAGUAUGUCCCUAACGUCUGAUAGGGUUAGGGACAGUUUUAGUAGACUGAAAGACAUUUUUCUGAUAUGCAUACAUUUUGUGUGUGUUUUACAUUUUUACCCUUUUACUAAAGUAUGUCUGAUCAUGUCAGCAUGUGUGGGUAACUGCCAUGCACGCACACAUGCCGAAAUAUUUAUGUAAAUUGUAUGUAAGACCUGUUUAUAGUUUAGCGGUUUUCAUUUGAAAAGGGCUGUUUUCAUUUGAAAAGGGCGAUAUGUUUGUGUUGUUUGUUCUUGUUUUAAACCACUUUGGCUUUAUGAUGUCCAGGUUUUUACAAUGAUGUGAACUGCAGUUUAUAUCACUCAUAGAUACACAAAUAUAUAAAUAUAUAUGUAUAUGAAAUGUUAAACAAGAGUAAGGCAAAGAAAUGUUUUGUUUUUUUGUAUUAAAUUGUUAUAUUGUUGAAA